ACCUUUUUUAGUAAGGUGAUCAACGCCCUUUCUCACACCUUGGUUGUGUUUGGAUUUGUAGCUCCGCCCCCACCCCCCGCACUUCUCCCUCCUCCCCCUUUCCAUCUGCGCGUCACUGACCCGUUCGUUCGUUCGUUCGUUCGUUCGUUCGUUCCCUUACCAGUUGUCCUCAAUCGCAUCUUUGCCAUCAGAGAGGACGCCGCCGCCGCCGCCGCCGCCGCAUGCGCUUUCUUCAUCCACACAGCAGUGAACCGAAUCUGCGAGUGGCGACCGACGAUGAGCGGCGCCAUCCGUGCGCUGAUGUUGGCCUUGCUGUGGCUGAGCGCGGCCGAUGGCUUCCGAUCGUUUUCUCCCGAGCCGGACUUUUCCCCGAACGUCCACGAGACGGAUAAGGCGCAGCCGGCGCUGUCCGUGACGUCACAGCCUUCCCGAGUGUUGUCACGGCGCGGCGGCAACGCCACCUUACCUUGCACCGUCCGCCGGGACGGGUGGCCGGCGCCCGAUGAAAAGAUGAGGAUCAAGUGGACCAAGCUGACGUCCGGCUUGCUGACGGAGGUGGAUGUUUUGGCCGCCGCCGAGCAGCACAAGAGAAGCUACGGAAGUUUCCACGGCCGCGUGCGCCUGCGGAGCGCUUCCGCUUGGGACGCCUCGCUGGUCAUCGAUGACAUCACUUUGGAUGACUACGGAAGCUACAAAUGUGAGGUCAUCGACGGGCUGGAGGACGCCGCGGCGGUCGUGUCGCUCGACCUGGAAGGGCUGGUGUUCCCGUAUUCCCCCCGGCUGGGCCGCUACAACCUCAAGUUCCGGGACGCCGAGCGGGCCUGCCGGGAGCAGGACGGCGUGGUGGCGUCCCCGGAGCAGCUGCGCGAGGCUUGGCGAAGGGGCCUGGACUGGUGCAACGCCGGCUGGCUGAGCGACGGCUCUGUGCGCUACCCCGUCACCUCCCCCAGGGAGCCCUGCGGCGGGCAGAACACGCCGGCGGGCGUGCGCAGCUACGGCCAGAGAGACAAAGACUCGAGCCGCUUUGACGUCUUCUGCUUCACGUCGCACUACAAAGGUGAUUUCUACUUCCUACCGCGGGUGGGCAAGCUGACGUACGGCGAGGCGGCGGCGGCGUGCCGGCGGGACGGCGCCCGGCUGGCCACCGUGGGCCACAUGUACGCCGCCUGGAAGCUGGCCGGCUACGACCGCUGCGACGCCGGCUGGCUGGCCGACGGCAGCGUCCGCUACCCCGUGGCCAGGCCCCGCCCGCGCUGCAGUCCCGCCCGCCCGGCCGUCGGCUUCCUCGGAUUCCCCGACAAGAAGCACAAGCUGUACGGCGUCUACUGUUUUGGGCCCGGACGCUGGGCGGCACGCCGUGACCAAGGCGCUCGCUAAAAGGCACCACGCGUGGACAGAACACACUCACGCAAGACAAAAACACCCAUUGACCGACCCAAAGGAACGCGCGCACACACUGGAAAGAAAAAGAAAAAAAAAAAACAACCUAAGACGAUUCUCUCACCGAGUGUUUUGCGUUCUUUUGCUCCGACGUCAUUCAUGGUGUAUUCAUGGAUCCAUCC